CCCAAUUGCGCAUUUGUGGAUGCCCUGUCGCCAUCUGGACAUUUCAUCGUCACCAUUCUUUGUACAGCUUCAAACACCACAAGCAGCGUGCAGGUGUACUUGUCGAAGACAUACAGUCGAGCAGCAGCAUGCGCGUCCUUGUCCCGACCUGACGAAGAGAGAAAGCUGUUGUUUGGCCGCGCAGCCAAUGUCUAAGACUUGUUGAGAAACAAUGGCCAAAGAAGACGAAGACGAGCCUGCGCACACGCCCGCGAAGAGGAAAGCCUCCACCAAUAACGUAAACAAUGGCAUCAGUGGCCCUCGAACACCAACUACCGCUCGAAAGACGUCCGCGCAGAAGAAUGCGACGCCCAUCCGCAAAGCGUCUGCCAAUGCCGCGAACAAGACGCCCAACUCCGCGCCGGCGAGGGCGAGGGGUAGUGUGAAGAAGCCUGAGCCGACUUUGCUGGGGGACUUUCUGCUGGGGAGACCGAGUCCGGCGAGGAAGUCUGUCAAGGCGCGGAGGAAGAGUCUUGAUGCUGUGAAGGCGGAGAUGAGGGUUAAUAAUGUGCAGCAGAUGCAGCAGCCGGGGAAGGUGCAGGAGAGGGUUAAGCAGUGGCAGAAGAAUAAUGCGAAAGCUGGGGAGCCGGAGAUUGAGAGGGGGUUGGAUGAAAUUGUGGUGGAGUAUGAGACGGAGAGUGAGGUUGAGGCUGAGGUGAAGAGACCUGCUCGGAGGAAGAGUCGGACGCCGGAACCUGGAUUGAGGGCUGAGAACUCGAGGACGAAGAGCAAGACGCCUGAGCCGAGACUUAUGAGCGAGGAUGUUUCUCCGAGACCUGGACGGCGGAAAGAGAGAGAUUCUGAGCCCAAGGAGAAAGAGCCUGAGAAACCCAGAAGUAAGAGCGUGGCGCCCAAGAAGAGAGUCAUUAGUGACGAACACUGGAUGAAGAAUAGGCGAAGAAGCCCACCCGGAAAGGGAGCCACGAUUCCGAAGAAUUUCUUGCAAGCAACGGCUAUCAAUCCUCCAGUCGAGAGAAAGAUUGAAGAUUGGGUGAAGCGUAUGGCGAGCCCUGAACCUCCUGAGAGAGUCGAGACGCCCAAGAGGAAGGUCAGGCGAGCCGAGAGCGAGGUAAGUGAGGAUAAGCCUAGGAGCAGGAAGGUUUCGAGACGAAGCCCUUCUGGUGAUAGGAUUCGUGUACAGCCUUCGAGGUCUCCUUCACCUGAUGAUAGGAUUCGAAUCAAGCCAUCUAAAGACAGACCAAGCGGUGGCAGCAGUCGCAGUACUCCAUCAAAACUCAGCGCGGCAAACGAUGGUAUUCGCAUUCGAGCAUCUGAUGUGGAAUCCGUUCAGUCAGAGAUCCAGAUCAAGAGGACUCGAAAUGACGGCAGCAAGCGACGGCCAAAAGAAGAGAAUGAUACUCCUACUCCCACUCCUAGAAAGAAGAGCGAGCAUCUUGCGCCUCCAACAGAGUCUGAGAGUCGCUCGAGAAAGACUUCCUAUAAUACCACCAUACACGGUGACGAUGCGACAUCAUAUAUGAGCCCAAGUCCGUCCAAACGCAGGAAUCGCAAAUCUGAUGUAACUGAAUCGCUCGACGAGAUUCCCUUCGGCAAUUCGGCCUUCAGUGUUCUGGAUCUUCCCCUCGGCGCUGAAGCCAACACUAUGAAGAGGGCGGAGAGACCUGAGCCAAAGCGAAAUAAUAGCUUUGGUGUACCAAAAGUGCUGAAGAGAGUGUAUACCGAGGGCAUGAAGAGAGUUCAUGAUACCGAGCCAGCCAGGGGAGGACCAAAUCAACCACCUAGUAUCGAGACCUGGUUGAACGGUACCACGGAUCCUUUUACUGACCGCCCAGCUACUGCUGAUGCAUCUCUUCCUGUUCCAGAGUCUCCAGUCUCGCGUAUGCGUAGCUUCAAGGAGGAUGAUCGAACAGAACGCGAACUUACUGCUGAACGAGAACAUAAGCAGAAGCAUCAAACUCCGAAGCCAGAGAAGGAACAGAACUUACCUGGGUCGCCCCUGAAGCGUGGAGACAACCGUGAAACUCUUCCAAGUAUGGGCAAUUCUCCACCUAUAUCGCCCUUGGGCCUGAAGAGAACUCCUGCAACCCGUAUCACCUCUUCGCCCAAAGCAGCUAAGAAGUUUGAUCUGAAGAAUGCCAUAUUCGAUGCCUUCAAGGGAGAAUCAGCCAUGGCUAAGACGGCGAUUCCAAGUCCAUUUGACUUCAUCGGCCUUCGCGAAGGACACAUUGACCCUACAGAGACAGAGUCUUCAAUUGUCAGCGAGCAAGAGGACAUCCCAAUAUACCAAGCACCAAAAACAAGCCCGCGCGCUACAGACAAGCCAGUCUUCGAAGAGAGUAAACAGACUAGGCCUUCGCACUCGUACCAAAAGCGGCCUCCUCCAGUAGCUGGCGGACCAUCACUUUCGACGAUUGCAUCUGUGACAAGCUUCAGUAAUUCUUCGUCCGCAACUUCAGAUACAGGAACUGGAUCAGAGCUUUCACAUACCACAAUCACUCAAGGCACAGUCCUCAGUGGCACUACAGGCUCCAGCCUAUCUCGUGGAAGCAAGAAAUCCACGAGCAAGAAAGAAGGACAAGUAGGACAGACUGGCCUGAAGAGACGUUUGACAAAGCAUGCAGAUCUGGUGUCAAUGCUAUCAUUGCCCGACACGACUCAGCCAGGAAGAGCUGGAAGCAUCAGAUCAGCACACAGCAUCCGCACGAGACGAACACGAUUAGAAGACGCAACGAUUGAAGAUCUUCUUCGAGAAGUCGGUGAGGAUGAAGUCAAGUACAUGAGAGAGUUGAAUACGCUUGUUGACGGUGUAAUUCCUGUGUUGUUGACGUGUGUUCUCUCGAAAAGCGAGUCUGCUGUGGCUGCUGGGCUAUUCGACCCCCUCGCUUAUCCGUCAACAGACCCCGGCACGUCUUUCACACAACCCAUUGUCGACAUGGGAAUUGCGCUAGAACGACUGAAAAGCUUGCACAAACGAAUUCCUCUCACAGAUCCAGAUUCCUUUUUGCAUUGGGCUGAACAAGCACUCAAGAUCUACGAAGACUACCUACGUGCUUGGCGUACUGGCUUUGAAGACGUUGUUGUCAAUCUCGCACCUGCUUCACGCAAAGCAUCUUUGUCUAGUGAGCCCGACAUGGACACCCUCCCAGUCAACCAGAACGGAGACGUUAUCCGCGACAGUGGUGAGGUUGUUGACGUUGCCCAUCUACUGAAAGCUCCAAUGCGUCGGCUCAAGAACCUGAGUAGGGCCACGAAGGGCUUUGUCAUGAAGAGACCUACCAAGAAGGCUGGAGAGGUUCAUGAGGGAUUUGAAAGAGUCAAUACAUACCGCCAACGACGAGUGAAGGAAGAAUACGCCCGCAGAGAAGACAUGAAGGCCAACAAUACUGAUACAACUCGCGCGCAAGACCCAAAGACUUUACAACCUGCUGAAGGCUUUACCAUUGACAGAUCUCGCCAAGUUAGCAUGAAGGACGUCUUCAAGUUCGACAUGUCUCAUUCAACUGGUCAACAUCUGGUGUGCCAGGUCGAAGUCACUUUUCGGGAAGCUCAGCGCAAUCUAUCAACUGAUCUACGUGAUCCAAGCGACUUCCUCAUAUCACAGAUUACUGAACACAAGACCUCUCUAUUGUUUCCUCCGGUCCUCACAUCUAAUAUAUCAGCGCGCAAGGGAGACACCGAUACAGAGCUUGUUGUCAUGAUUCGAGGUGGAGAAGGCAAUGAGAAAUGGAAGGAGCUGAUCGUUCUCGAAGCAGAUGAAAAGGAGGUCAGAGAUGAAUGGCUCGAGAUCCUACCUCUUGGACCAUUCCCUGGCAUUGUUGUACAAAAGACCAUGGAGCUUGAUCCCGAGGUCUCAACCAUUAUCUCUGCCCCAGGAGUCGAUCUAAGAAGCGUUGUUGGUACCCUCAAGAAAAAAGUCCCAGAAGAGCCACCCAUUGGAGAACGCCGUCGCCGCGAGUAUGAAGAAGCUAGCGCUACGAAGCAGGAUAUUGAAGAACCACCCUCACCUGAUUUGCCACCACCGAAGUCUGAGCCUCACGGACCUAUGACAAAUGCCAGGAAGAAACUCGGAAAUAUAAUCAAGCCUCUCAGCGAUGAUCAUGUCUACGACCUUAAAGACCUCAACGAUGCUUUGGCCCGCGCUGGCCACGGGAAGCUGCGAAGAUUCAAGCCAGAACCUAGCCCUGCUGGUCGGCCUUAUGACAAUGUUACAUGCCCUUUUACUGAGCUGGAUUCCAAAAUGGAUAUGGUGAUGACUGGUGCUCUACCACUUCCCGACAAAGAACGACGAGUAGAGGAAGCUAUGGAUGAGAAACAUGAGAAGAGUGGCUACAUAUAUCAAGCUAAGAACGAGACAACUGAAGAAAUGGAUGGCAUGCUCCAAAUCCCAAAGCUACGAAAGCCAAGAGUCGAGAACAGCAGCACACCAUUGAAGGAGUCUAUGAGACCUGAUCCAGAUACUAUGUCCAAGAGCCGUCCUACCACUCCACGAGAUGAUGGCGCACCUCCUCCACCUGCUCAUCGAAGCCCGGUCACACCUCCCACAUUGAAGAACAUCCCUGCUAUUGACAGCGCUACACCAAAGGCAAAGAAUCGACGCGGAUCCUCACCUCUCAAACACGAAUACCAACCCUCUGCUGCAUCUGGAGCCUCUUCUGGCGAAGACCUAUCUACCUCAUCUGAUGACUAUUCCACUUCUGACGAUUCUCUCGAUGAACUUGAUCCACUUGAACGAGCAGAAGUCGACGACAUGCCAGGCUCGCUCCCAGCUGAAAGUGCGAUCUACGGUCGACGACAAGUUUCUCCCUCUGGUUCUCUGUACAGUCUUCCAAACGGCUCUCUUGCGCCUUCGAACUCUGCUUCUCAAGCACCAUACCAGAGACCUGAGCAACCGGUAUCAAUGGAGCCUCAGACAUUCAUGGCCAUGGUCACCUAUUGGAACGGAAAUAAAUGGGAGGAUAUUCAUACAGUGCCCUGCAAAGUAACAGUUGGACCUGGAUGGAUCGACACUUACGAGGCCGAGAAUCAUUAUGCUGGACUUGGACGAGACGACUUCGAUGCUUCAACUACAUCUCUCAUCACUGCGGAAGCUGCUGUCAAGAAUCCUCUUGUUUGCCAAGACCUCACUCCAAAUGUCCCAAUCUAUUCCAGCAACGCAAUCGACGUCCAAGUCCGUUCGCAAAUGGCUACUAGAUCUCGGUUCCAGAAGGUUAAUCAUAUCCAGUACCGACAUUUAACGCCGCUCGAUGCCCGAAGAUUCUACGCUACAGUCAAAUAUGCGUCCACAAAGAACAAAAAGUGGAUCGCACUUUCACAGGAGCGGAUGUUCAAUGAUUUCGGUCCGAAGGAGCCCGCCGCCGCCGAGCGCCGCCGUGGUUGGCUGUUCAGAAAGAGAAGCUUCCGCCGGGACGGAGCGGAGCCAGAGAUCGGUGCACCAGCAAGUGUGGGAGAUUCAACCAGCUCCUCACCUCUCAAGCGAUUCCGCGGAGGCGGACUUUUCAAUAUUGGAAAGUCCUCAGUCUCUCGGGUCCCUGGUGGCACUGCAGGAUCCUCUGCUCCGACCAGCUCGUCUGGUUUCUCCAAUGUCAGUCCUCCGGACACCCCUGGCGGGAGCCAGGCUCCUUCGACCAGCUUCUGGGGCUCGCGGUCCGCCACCAUGGGGACCAAAGAUAUCCCAAUCCUGCUGUACUCGCGGGUGCGGCACAACUGGGCCCCGCACGGACAAGCCCUGCUGUCGGUAUCCGACCCCCAGCCCGGACAACACCAGGCUUCUUCUCUCGAUCACGGGAAGAAGAAGCACAUCCUGGUGACCCUGAAGCCGGUGGGCAAGUCCCACCGCGGACGGGUCAUCAUCGAUGAGGUGCUGGGAGCGGACGCCUUCAGCAGAGGCGGGAACACGGGGAUCUUUGUCACGAUCUGGCGGGACAUCGUGGACGAGCGGGGCCGGGUGGGCAUCAUGCCCACGUACGGCGGGGUCAGCGGGCGGACGGAGAAGUGGUGCUUCCAGAGUGGGAGGCAGGGGGAUUGUGGGUGGAUCUACACUCUGCUGAAGAGUGUAGUGGAUUUGGAGGGGAUGUAG